AUGGCGAACACCGCCGGAAACCCGCUUAGUGCAGGCUCGCUGGCCUUGUUCAUGGCCUCCAGCUUGCCGCGCGACGUCUCGCCCCAGAUCAGAAAUCCCUUCGAUGCUGUUGCCCUUGCUGUCCACGCUGGCAUGAUUGCUGUCGGGUUCAGGCUUAUCGGACUUGGUGAAGACCACAAAAUCCAAGCAAGCUCCGACGCCCAUGAGCCUCACGCAUUGCCUGCUGAGUGGAACGCCUCCUCAUCCCACGCCUUUCGCUACGCUCACGACCAGUCUUCAAUGGAAUAUCUUGUGAAGGUGAAUCGGCUAGGUACGAAAGCUGUCGUUUUAGCCGUCGGUUUGGGCGACGACAAGACUGCUUCAUUCGAGGUGGUUGCUCGCGACUACGUCUCUGAAUCCUCUGUGCCGGCGACGCCCCUCCCUGGGGCCGAGGCCGCUGUCGACAACGCAUCCAAGAUAAUUCAAGACAUUUUUAUCUCGCCGGGUCGCUUGAAUGACCUUGGCUCUCUCUUCAAGAUAAGCGUGCUACAGAAGGUCGCCCCGAACCUCCGCAAGGAAGGCUACGAAGAAAAUACGUCAGCAGAAGGAACCAGCGCCGACAGUAGCGGUGGCAGGAACAACAACCCGCCUCCACGUGGCGACCCUAACGCUCCAGGCUACGAUCCUCUGCGCGAAGAUCCGCAGCCACCUCCUGCACGUCCGUACCCAUUCGACGACCCGCUAGCUGCGCCGCCCCGCCGGCCAGUCCCCGCCGGAGAUUUCCCUCCUCCAGGCUUUGAAGACGAGUAUGAGAUAAACCGCCCACCUCGUGGCAUGCCUGGACGAGCUCCGCUUGGCAACUAUGGCGAAUCAGAUUUGUAUCCGGCCGGUCUCGGCCCGCACGACCCUGUGAACUGGGGUGGUAUCGGUGGCGGAAUCAGAGGAGGCCCAACUGGAGGCAUGCAUCCUACUUUCGAUGACCCGCUGUUUGCAGAUCCUGGUGGACGCGGUGCAGGAUACAAUCCUCUGGCUCCACCUGGCGCACGUUAUGAUCCAGUGAACCCAGGCGACCAACGAAGGGGCCUUCCACGUGGCGGAGGGUUCCCAGGCGGUGGUGGAUUUGGAGGGGGUGCACCGCCAAACCCAUUCGGCGGCUUUGGCGGGAAUGACUUCAUCUAA